AUGGGCACUCCGGUCAACCAAAUAAACAGGGGCAGGGCAUCACGCGAAGAUAGCGUCCUCGACACGCCACCCACUACAGGUAACCAGACGCCUUCCAAAUACGCAGCUAGUGACGUAGUAUAUUAUAAGACACAUAAAAAAUUACACGCCGAGUUCGCACCAAUAUGGUGGGAACACGUCAAUCUGGAAAAACAAAUCUGUAAGGGUGUUCUAAACGAUCAACAACCGAAAAAUACACGUGUCAAGUCUCAAAGCAUCAGCCACACAAAAAUAGAAACGUCGCAACCAACAAAACCCCCCUCUCAAAUUGAAACAUGUAAUCACGAAUACCCUUCUUCCAGAAUUAUUGUUCCCUCGUUCAGCCAUUAUGGACAGCCGAUAACAACCACGAUAGCAGAUUCCUCAAAAAUAUAG